GGGAUGAGGAUAAAAUGGCGGCGCCCAUGAGCGAAGGAUCUCCCGCCUCGGAGCCUGGCGCUGCUCCCUACGGCAACUUCCCGAAUUACUCCCGCUUCCACCCGCCCGAGGGGCGAGUCCGCCUCCUGCCUGGCGGGCUCCUGCGGAGCCUGUUCCCCGCGGCGGCCCGCCCGGUGCUGGGGCUCGAUGUGGGGUGCAACUCGGGGGAGCUAAGUGUGGCUCUGUACAGGCAUUUCCUCGGCCUUCAGGAGAGCAAAGGCAGCCUGGAGCAGCCUGCAGCUGGAACGGAUCUGAACCUUCUGUGCUGUGACAUUGAUCCGGUGUUGAUUGAGAGGGCUCGGCAGUGCAGCCCCUUUCCUGCCUCCAUAUCCUUUGCCAACCUGGACAUCAUGGACUCCAGUGCCAGGGAGCCAUUCCUGAGCUCCUACCUGAGCCGUUUUGGCCGCUCCACCUUUGACAUCGUAUUUUGCAUGUCUGUGACCAUGUGGAUCCACCUGAAUCAUGGGGAUAGCGGCCUGAUGGAGUUCCUGUCGUUCCUCUCCUCUCUGUGCACGUACCUGCUGAUUGAACCUCAGCCCUGGAAGUGCUACAGGGCAGCUGCACGCCGCCUGCGGAAGCUGGGCAGAAAUGACUUUGAUCACUUCCGAUCUCUUGCUAUCAACGGGGAUAUGGCGGAGAGGAUAACCCAGAUCUUAACGAAGGACUGCGCCAUGGAGCUGGUGUGUUGCUUUGGGAGCACCAGCUGGGACAGAAGCCUCUUGCUUUUUAAAUCAAAUGGCUCAAAUUGUGAGGGCAGGGGGCCUUCAGAACAGGAGCAGUAACUGAUAAAUGGUCUUUCACAUUCAUGAAUUCGUAGGCAAUGCGGUGCUUGCUGCUUACAGAGUCAGAUCAAGGAAUUCCUAAAUCCCUGUUGGGGCCAGACAUUGACCUCCAGGGGAGCUGGAGGCAAAUAUCUGUGUGAUUUUUUUUAAUGACUUUUUUUCUUUGCAUCCGCAAAAUGCGGUGGCAUUUUUAACCUACCUUGUGAGUUCUGAGAUUGCUGUUCCUAGAAAGUGCUUUUGAAAUCAAAGUUGCUACAUGUGUGCAUUGUAUACGUACCAAGAACAUUCCCUGGAAGAAGAAAGAACAUGCCUUUUUUGUCCAUGGAGCUUUUCAAGGAAAGGAGCUUUUCAAAUUUCUGUGGACCCUUGCAGUGCACUGUUUGUUCUGCUGCUUGUCACGUCUUCUGUAUAAAAUACUCUUGGAAAACAUAUAACCUGGUUUACCAGCAAUGAACAAGUGCGUUGGAUCGUUGGCAGAGGGUGUCUGGUCGACAGCUUGCCCAGAGCGGUGGUGGAUGCCCCAUCCCUGGAAACGUCCGAGUUCAGGUGGGACGGGGCUCUGAGCAACCUCAUCCUAGGUGAGGCUGUCCUUGCGCAGGGCAGGGGGUUGGACUGGAUGAGCUGUAAAGGUCCCUUUCCACCCAAACCAGUCUGUGGUCCGAUGAUACUGGUCGGGCUGUGAUCAGUGCACCUUUGCCGAUGAGGCUUGCCUGGAGUGUGCCUGGGAGGCUGAGAAUGGUGUGAUUUCUGUGGAGUGAGGGGUUUAUAUGGUAGGGCAUGUACUUGUUUAAGUGUGUAACGGAGCGAGUGAUUUUUGUAAUAAUAUCCUUGAAAUAAAAGUAACUUAAUUUUAUUGUAAA